GCACUCCUUACACGUACACGUUGCAUCAACUGACAUAAGUCUUCUCGAGUCUUCUCCAUACAAUGUCCAGGCUACAUACUUCACUUUCACUCGCUUCUAGGAUCCUUCAUGCCUCAGGCAUGGCUUCGAGAAAGGUUCCACGAAGUGUAUCAGCUUCUCUGUUUCAGUUGAACAGAUACUCGAGCAAACCCUCUCGCAUCAUUGGUAUAGAUUUAGGCACAACUAAUUCCUGUGUUGCGGUGAUGGAGGGUAAAGAUCCUAAAGUCAUAGAGAACUCUGAGGGUUCACGUACCACACCUUCCGUUGUAUCCUUUAAAGAUGGUCAGCGGUCAGUUGGUAUACUGGCUAAGAGACAAGCUGUUACAAAUGCCAAGAAUACCUUUUAUGCUACAAAACGUUUGAUUGGACGCCGGUAUGAUGACAAGGAAAUCCAAAAGGAAAUGAAGCAUGUACCGUUUGAUAUAAUACGUGCCACUAAUGGCGAUGCUUGGCUAAAAGGAGCAGAUGGUAAAGUUUAUUCUCCAAGUCAAAUCGGUGCCUUUGUCCUCAUAAAAAUGAAAGAAACUGCAGAGUCUUAUCUCGGACAAAAGGUAGAUCAUGCUGUUGUUACUGUACCUGCUUACUUCAAUGACUCACAGAGACAAGCUACUAAAGAUGCUUGUCAGAUUGCUGGUCUGAAGGUUGAGCGUAUUAUUAAUGAGCCAACGGCAGCUGCUCUUGCCUAUGGACUUAAGAGUGAAGAUGCUAAUAAGAUUAUUGGUGUGUAUGAUCUUGGUGGAGGUACAUUUGAUAUAUCAAUACUGGAAAUGCAGAAAGGAGUUUUUGAGGUCAAGUCAACUAAUGGGGACACAUUCCUUGGUGGGGAAGAUUUUGAUAAUGUACUUGUGAAAUAUUUGGUUGACGAGUUUAAAAGAGAUGUAAGUCCUUGUUGUCAUUACUCUCCUUUUCACCCUUCUUUUACCUUCCUGCCCCCUCAGCAAGGCAUUGAUCUUUCUAAAGAUGAGAUGGCAUUACAAAGAGUGAGAGAGGCAGCAGAAAAGGCAAAGAUUGAACUCUCUUCUUCACUACAGACUGAUAUCAGUCUGCCAUUUAUCACUAUGGAUGCUGGUGUUCCCAAGCAUUUAAACGUUACACUUACGAGAUCAAAGUUUGAGUCUCUCGUCUCAUCUCUCAUUGAGAGAACUGUUGCUCCAUGCCAUCAAGCGUUCAAAGAUGCCGAUGUAACUAUCAGCGAUAUCAAUGAGGUCUUACUUGUCGGUGGAAUGACAAGAAUGCCUAAAGUUCAAGAAACUGUAAAAAAUAUUUUCAGUCGUCCUCCAAGUAAAUCGGUUAAUCCAGAUGAAGCUGUUUCCAUUGGAGCCGCCAUACAAGGUGGAGUUCUGACUGGUCAGACUAGUGAUGUAGUCUUGCUUGAUGUUACUCCACUGUCACUGGGUAUUGAGACACUCGGAGGAGUAUUCACUCGUCUCAUUAAAAAGAACACAACCAUACCCACCAAGAAGGGGCAGGUAUUCUCAACUGCUGCUGAUGGACAAACCUCUGUUGAAAUAGUUGUAUGUCAAGGAGAGAGAGAGAUGGCAGCUGAUAAUAAAGUAUUGGGUCGCUUCCAACUCAUCGGCAUCCCUCCAGCACCUCGUGGUAUCCCUCAGAUUGAAGUGUCCUUUGACAUUGAUGCUAACGGGAUUGUUAGUGUAUCAGCCAAAGACAAAGGGACUGGGAAAGAACAGCAAAUUGUCAUUCAAAGCAGUGGUGGUCUAACUAAGGAUGAGAUAGAGAACAUGGUCAAAGAUGCAGAGAAAUAUGCACAGGAAGAUCAGAUACGCAAAGAGAAAAUUGAGGCUUCCAAUGCUGCAGAGAGCAUCCUUCAUGAUACUGAAAGUAAAAUGGAAGAAUAUAAAGAUCAACUGCCAGCAGAUGAGGUUAGUAACUUAAAGACAGAGAUUGAGAAGGCAAGGGCCAAGCUAAGCAACAAAGACAAUGAAACUGCUGAAUCGAUAAGAGAGGCAGCUAAUGAAGUACAAAAACUGUCCUUGAAACUCUUUGAAAGUGCUUACAAGAAGAUGGCAAGUGAAAAGGGAGCAAGUGAAGGAGCAACUGGAGGAGCAAGUGAAAGUGGAGCUAGUGAAGGAGGAGCAACUGAGGGAGAAGCAAAAGAAAGCAAAGAAAGUCAGAACAACUGAUGUCAAUGAAGAAAAGGAAACAUUUAUUGUUAUUGAGUCAUCAUAGAUAAUUAUUAUUAUCUAUGCAAUCAUGUAAUUUAUCUAUGUUAAUAAUGAUUUAUUUUAGUGUGAUUUCCACGCCUUAAA